AUGGGUAUUCGACAAGGCGACCACACGGCCUCUUCGAGUGCCCCCGACCCAUUGAUCCGAAAGUUUGGGCGGCUUGAUAUUCUCGAUGAUCUCAUUCGACUUCGUGCCGCAGAUGCCGUUCAACCCCCGAUUCUCGCCUAUCCCAGUUCAGACCACGAUGCUGCGUCCUAUGAGUACUAUACCGGACAGGAUCUGGAUGAUAUGAUCGAUUCAGUUGUCGCCAUGCUCAUGGAUAUUGGGUUCUCUCCACCAAAGGCAAACAGCCCCGUUGUGGCGCUCCUUACCCCGUCAGACCUCAGUAUGGUCAUCACACUCUUUGCUCUCAGUCGAUUAGGUUAUACGGUCAUGAUGCUCUCUCCACGGCUCGCGGGAGAAGCAUGUGUCUCUCUACUUGAGAAGGUGGGCUGCGAUACUAUCAUUUAUGGAAAUACCCCGAGCAUUCGUUCGAUAGUUGGGGAUAUUAUCCAGCGAAAACUAGUCACUUGCCGUCCGACGUUUACCAAAGACUCCCUGCAAAACAAAGAUGAAACUCGGGUGAUGAUUUUGCGUCAGCGUCGCGAUUCACAAGCUCGGAACAAGGUCGCUCUCAUUCUUCAUUCAUCGGGGUCUACAGGUACCCCUAAACCGCUCUUCCUCACCCACAAGGCGUUGAUGACCCACCCUCUCAGAGGCCCCGGGCUUACUUCUUUCAACCCCCUUCCGUGGUAUCAUCUUCACGGGCUUUCGACCGCAUUGCAGGCGAUGUGGAUGAGAAAAACUGCUUUUAUGUGGAGUGCCGCACUACCAUUGACCGCCGAAUCUGUGGUCGCCGCUCUUGAAGCGGCGUGCCCCCAAUCUGUGGCCGCGGUUCCAUAUAUGUUGCAGCUGCUAGUGGAUCAACCACGCGGAAUCGCAGCUCUACGACGGUGUCAUUUGGUUACUUACGGAGGGGCACCAUGCCCAGACGAGCUAGGGGAUCGCCUCGUAGUGGAAGGUGUGCAUUUUGGCGGCUCCUUUGGCCUCACCGAGGCUGGUCUUGUCGCAGAAUCUGUUUCUCGGCCCAAGGGUGAUCCUUACUGGAAUUAUCUGCGGUUCUUCGACAACAUUCGGCCGUAUAUCUGGAUGAAACCCAUCGGCGAGUCACUCUAUGAGUGCGUUUACCUAGCAGGGCAUCCCGCCUUGACCACGUCCAACUCGAACGAGCCGUUGGGGUCAUUCCACUCAAAGGACGUCUUUAUGCCACAUCCCACUAUUCCAGGCCGGUGGAAAUAUGCGUCUCGGCUCGACGACCGGAUCACUCUCGUGAACGGGGAGAAGGUGCUGCCGCUUCCCAUUGAAGGCCAUAUCAAGCAACAUCCUCUGAUCCAUGAAGCGGUGGUCGUGGGGUUGGGGAAGGCUAUUCCGGGACUUCUCAUCCUUCGAGCGCCCGAAGCUGCACAUCUCCCAGACGAUGAGUAUUUCGCCAGGGUUUGGCCAACAGUCAGUGAUGCCAACUCUCGAGCUGAGCAAUUCUCCCAGAUUGCCCGCGAUAUGGUGGCCCUGCUACCUCAUGACUCCUACUUCCCCCGAACAGAUAAAGGGUCGAUGAUCCGGGCACGGGUGUACCAGCACUAUGCAGGACUGAUCAACGGCCUCUAUCGCAGAGCGGACCGCGGGGGCGAGUUGCAACUAAGUCUCCUGGACACCCGGUUUACCCUUUUACAGCUUUGUCGGGAAGAACUUGGGAUCUUUAUCUCGGGCGUCGACGCUAGUUUCUUCACCGAGGGUGUCGACAGCCUCAAAGCAAUUCAUCUUCGACGCCUCAUCUUGCGACAAUUCAAAUUCGAUAGUGGCCAAUAUCUAAGCCAAAACGUAGUUUUUGAAACAGGCAGCAUAUCCCAGUUGGCAAAGGUUAUCUGUGCUGUGCAGCAAGGGGAGAACGUCGUCAAAACAGAGAGUGACUUUUCUGUGAUGGUGAGGCUCAUCCACAAGUACUCGUUAUUCAGGAGGCAUAUUCCUCGACGAGCAAUCGCAUCGAAUAUGAAUAGCGUAAUUCUGACAGGAGCUACCGGGUUUAUUGGCGCACAUACCUUGUUUGAGCUCCUCCACGAUCGCUCUAUUUCGACUGUCUUUUGCCUCACCCGACGAGAAUCACCGUUAGAGGCGGUCAUUCAUGCUCUAGCGGAAAAAGACCUGCAUAUUUCUCUCGAGCAGGCUUCCAAGAUAACCGCGCUCACGAGUGGUCUUGACCAACCGGAGUUUGGUCUCGAGGACGAUAUACUCCGGCAAAUGCGACAUUCAGUGACCAAAAUUAUCCAUAUUGCAUGGCCUGUUCAUUUCAACCUGCCCUUGGGCCAAUUUGAAUCGCACAUCAAGGGACUAUACAAUCUCAUCCAGUUCUCCCUGUCUGUGCAACGACCAGAACCUGCGGUCUUGAUGUUUUGUUCUUCUAUCUCCACGGUUCUUGCUGCAUCAUCAUCUAAGAUUCACGAAACCCCCACACCGGAUCUUACAAGCGCUUUGGACAUGGGCUAUGGGAGAUCAAAGCUUGUCGGCGAGCGAAUCGUCAGUCUUGCACGCCAGUCAGGAGCGAGGACACACUCACUGCGAAUUGGGCAAGUCUCAGGCCACUCCAAGAAAGGCCUCUGGAACGACACCGAGGCUCUACCGCUGAUGAUCCGAUCCGCGCUGAUCCUCCGGACACUGCCUGACCUGCCCGAGACAUGCUCCUGGCUACCAGUGGACAAACUGGCCGCAACGAUCGCAGAACUCGCCACUGUCUGCUCGAUGACCUGCCGAGAAUACGGCAAGAUGGAGGCAUCGAGCUCGGCAGCAGUGGCGUACGAGGAUGACUCUAUCUAUAAUGUCUGCAAUUCGCGCAAGUUUGCAUGGUCGUCUUUGCUUGCGUCGCUUAAGCGCAGUGGAUUUCAGUUUGACGCCGUUCCAUUUGAGAAGUGGCUUCAGAUGCUGCGAGAGAGCGAGGCUCGAGGCGAGGAACACGUUAACCCAGCUGUCAAACUGAUUGAUCAUUACGAUGCCAUGUACAGCAGCAAAUCAUCGCUGGCCAGGGGUGCUCCAAAGACAUUUGUCACAGAGAAAGCGGAGAGAGACAGCGUGACGUUGCGAAAUGACCACUCGAGGAUUAUUGAGGACGGAAUCUUAAGUUGCUACGUUCGUGCCUGGCUGACUCGAUGGACAAGGGUGUAA